GUGUUGGUACCGAGUGCUGGUGAUGUGCUGAAAUACGAACGCGUCGAGAUGUUCUACCAUCGUGAACCAGAGACACGAGCACAAUUCGUCGUAUUGUUCACCGCAUCAAAGAAACGACUCGCUCUCACUCCACUUCAUUUGCUUCCGUUCGGUGAAUGCCAAUCCAUGAAGAGAGAUCUGGAGAAGGCAGAUGGGGUAGACAAAUGGUUACGAGCAUCGCAAUUUGCUCACAAAGCAGCGGUUGGUGACUGCGUAAUGACGGUAUCUGACAGUGGAGAGGUUGUCGUUGAUCGGAUAGUCAAGGUCGGAAGGCAAGUUUCUGAAGGCAUUUACUCUCCUAUGACCGUAGAUGGUGCGUUGAUUGUCAAUGGAGUCCUAUCAUCGUGUUUCUCUCAAGUUGAAAGCCACACGGUGCAAAAGAUUGUCUAUGACUUCCUCACCUAUGCCUACGAAUUCUUCGGAAUGUCAUAUGGGCGGAACUCAGUGCGACAGGGUAUUCCAUCGUUUAUCAACUACGUCCACGAGUUGAGUCAUGUCUUCCUGCCAUUUUCUAAAUUCUAA